AUGGCCACACAAACAAUUGAGAAGAACCGGGCAUUCGUGCUUCGCGCCAUCAAGGACGGUGCGAUCGAAGAGCGUCCAAUUCCCAAGUUGAGAGAUGCUUGGGAUGUGCGAAUUCACAUCGGUCAAACUGGUAUCUGCGGUAGUGAUGUCCACUAUUGGCAAAGAGGACGUAUCGGAGACUUCAUCCUCAAAUCUUCUAUCAUAUUAGGCCAUGAAUCCGCUGGCACAGUUGUUGAAGUCGGAUCAGCCGUCAAGAACCUCAAGAUCGGUGAUCGCGUCGCAAUUGAGCCUGGAGUUCCUUGUCGCCACUGUGAUUACUGCCGCUCCAGCUCCUACAACCUUUGCCCAGAUACCGUCUUUGCCGCCACUCCUCCCCAUGACGGAACUCUCUCAAAGUACUACAUCGUCGCAACGGACUACUGCGUGCCACUUCCGGACCACAUGGACCUCGAGCAAGGCGCAAUGGUCGAGCCUGUCGCUGUUGCAGUACAGAUUACUAAAGUCGGCAAGGUUCGUGCGAACCAGACGAUUGUAGUCUUUGGCUGUGGACCCAUUGGCGUGCUGUGCCAAGCUGUUUCGAAAUCUUACUCCGCAAAGAAGGUCAUAGGUGUGGAUAUCAGCAAGUCUCGACUUGAGUUUGCGAAGACUUUCGGUGCUGAUGGUGCCUUCCUACCGCCUGCGAAGCCGGCGGAUAUGAUCAAGGAUGAGUUCAAACUUGAAGAAGGCCCCGAUGUUGUGAUCGAGGCUACCGGCGCCGAGAGCUGCAUCCAAACAGGCAUCAACCUGGCAAAAAAGGGCGGCAUGUAUGUCCAAGCUGGCAUGGGCAAGGAAAAUGUUACGAUUCCCAUCACAACGGCUUGCAUCCGCGACCUUACAAUUCGUGGUUCAAUUCGGUACACGACCGGCUGCUACCCUACCGCAGUGGAUCUUGUAGCUAGCGGCAAGAUUGAGGUCAAGCGUUUCAUCACAGACCGUUUCAAGUUUGAGGAGGUAGAGCAGGCGUUUGAGCUGGUGAGGCAAGGAAAGGAGAGCAUGAUCAAGGUGAUCAUCAAGGGCGUGCAAUAG